UCAGCCAUGUUGAGAUCAGAGGCGAACCGAGAGGCGAAUAUCUUCCAGACUGACGGAAGGUACCAGAGGCUCGGACAUCUGUAGCGGCAGAUCAUCUAAAUAUACUGUUAACGGAAGAUCGCUUAGGGGAAGAAACAGAUAUUAUUUUAAACAUUUUCAACCAAUAUGUUAGCAGACCAUACAACACAGACUCUUCCUGCCUGAGUUGUACAUAAAUAUGUGCAUAUAUCAAUGUUCUACUGAUUAACAGCCAUUUACUGCUGUUACUUGGAGUGUUGCCCUUUCCUCUCUAUUUUGAGUAGGAUUUAAAAAUUUAGUAAAUAACAUUCAAUGUUAGAACUAAAGAUGAAGGAUGUUUGCAGGAUUUGUGGAAGGGAGCUAUGUGGAAAUCAGCGGAGAUGGAUUUUUCACACAGCUGCCAAAUUGAAUCUUCAAGUGGUGUUAUCUCAUGUUUUGAAUAAAGAGAUCUUGCGUGAUGGUCACGCUGAGUUUUCCUGCAGUAAAUGUGCUUUCAUGCUGGAACGUUUCUACAGAUUUGACACCGUGAUUGCACGCAUAGAAGCUCUCUCAAUUGAGCGAUUGCAGAAGCUCCUUUCUGAGAAGGAUAGGCUUAAGCAUUGCCUGGCUAGUCUUUACAGCAAAAAUAACAGUGAAGAUGGUCAGGAAGCCAAGUUCGAAGAGGGAACUGUGGAUACUCCAGACCUCCAAAAAGUGCAGUCCACUUAUUCUGCCCUUCUCCAGGAAGACUUUACAUUUUCUGGUUUUGAAUACUGGACAGAAUUGGAGGAACCCAGCCAAGAGGCACAGCGCUGUUCACACACUGAGGGUAAUGGGUCUGUUCCGAGAAAAUGCCAUAGUUGUUCCUCUUUAAGAGUACCUGAUUCUGACUAUGAAGCAGUGUGUAAAGUACCAAGGAAAAUUGCCCCAAAUGUCUCUUGUGGACAUUUUUCUACAUGCACAAGUACUUUCAAUGAACAGAUAAUGUCUCAGAUUUCAGAAUGUGAGGCUGUAAACGUCAAGGUAUUAGAAGGAGAAGGGUUGGAAAGAUUAUCUUCUGAAUAUUCCGUUGAAUCUCUUAAUGAUACCAAGGAUGCUGGACUCAACUCACAGAAAACUGAAGAAAAAAUCAAAUCCAUCAUAGAGAAUCCAAAGUGUAUCUGCUCGUCAUGCAACUAUGCAUCUUGUUCUUCUGCUUAUGGAAGGAAGUUAGAUCUCGCACUUAGUCUUGUUAAAAUGUUUGAUUACAGACCAAUUCAAAGUCCAAGAGGCAGCAGAAUUCCUGUGAAAAGCAGUUCCGUCUUAAAACUAAACCGUGUCCUUUCGAGUGGUCAGUCAAGCUCAUCAAACACAGGUCUUGGUUUCCUGGAUAGUAUUGUGGAAUCCCCUACCAGGACUUCUCAAGACUUUUUCUCUGCGUUUUCUGAUCUUAAUGACCUCUGGCACAACGUAUAUGAAGAUUACAUUCCACUUUACUCACAGAAACUGAAUGGAAAAAGGGUCCAGGAUGCAAUGCACUAUGAUUCUACACUUGAGCAGCAGGCCUAUAAGAUACAGAAAGCAGAGCUGGAGGUUCAAACUCUUCAGGAAAAAUUACAGGAGUCUCAGAACUUUAUCAAGACACUACAAGAAAAUCAGCACCAGCUGACAGCUAGGUUGAGCACUGCAGAGGAAUUAGCGCACAAUCAAGAAUGCGUAUUGCAGAGUUUAAGGGAGACACUCCAGAGCAGAGAACAUGAGGGUUUGGAACUCUAUCAAGUAAUAGAUGAUCACAAUAAUACAAUAGCUAAACUGCAGGAUAUGGCAUUGAAAAGUCAAAGUGAGCAUUUGCAGUCUUUCCAGGUAAUGCCAACACAGUUGCAGUUUUUGGACCUCCAGAACACAUUAUUCUCUACCCAGAUGGAACUUCAGAAAAAACAGAUGGCACUGCGGCAAAAGGAGCGUCAGCUGACUGAUGCUAAAAGAUCUCAGAGGUUGCUUGAGGUUGACUUAUUAGAAGGACAGCAACAGAAGGAAACCACGUGGAAGCAUAACCAGGAGCUGCAUGGAGCAUUGCACAAUCUGCAGAGAGAAUUGCAUGAGAAAAAUCAACAUCUUAAGAAAUUAGAAGAAGAGAAAAGUACAAAGCUACUGGCUCAGGAGCACAGCAUCCAGAGAUUAAAGCAAGCAGUGUCCCAGAAAGAGCAGAUGUUACAAGAGUACAUGGAAGUCUUGCAUUGUCCAGAGAGUUUAGACAAAAUCCAAGUCGGUAAUGAACACAUGUUGGAGAAACUGCGGCAGAGAAUCAAAGAAAGAGACACUGCCUUAGAGCAGGCUGUGGACGAUAAAUUCUGUGCUCUGGAGGAGAAAGAAAAGGAGAUUCAGCAGCUAAAAAUGGUUAUCCGUGAGAGAGAGCAUGACUUGGAGCGGCUGAGUAACAUUCUUUCCGGGAACGAGGAGACAAUAAACAGUUUGGACAAUCUUGUGAAGGCUAAGGACCUGGAAUUGGAACAGAUCAUUGCUGAUUACAAAAAUCUGCAGUGGUUAAAACAGGAAACAGAGGGGAAAUACAGAUGUUCCCUGAAUGAGAGGGAGGCCAUUAUUCUGCAGCUGCAAAAAACACUUCAAGAGAGGAACAAAGAGAUUGAGGAGAUGACUGCAUGCUUUCUGGGCAAAUCUGAGGUUGGCAGUGGGGAGAUGAUUGAAGAGUUAAAAAUUUGCCUACUGAGGAAAGAGAAGAUGCUACAGGAUGCUGUAUUUGCUAGGAGCCAGCAAGCUGAAGAGCACAUGAGUGAGGUCAUGGAACUCCUGACAAUGAUCUCUUCAGAGAAAAUGGAUCAAACCAUAAUUUGUCAGAACUGCUCAGUAAAAGAACAGCAAAGCCCUGCUAGUGUGAGUCAGUCUGUGGAACAUUUGACUCAUUUUAUCCAUCUCCAAAAAUUUCUGCAGGAGAAGGAGAAAAUAAUUCAGGCAUUUACACAGAACCACUCUAUCCACCCUAUGUCCAUCUGCAUGAAAUUGGAAGAUCAGCGUGCAAAGGGUGAGGAAAAUGAACAAACACAACUGCUUAAGAGUGAUCUUACUAAAGCCAAAGAAGACCUUAGACUUGUGAUGAGAAAAAUGAGAGAGUAUCAGCUAGAAGUGUCUGCUCUACAAUCUAUAAUUAUGAAACAAAAUGAGCAGUUGAGGGAACAAGCUGUGGACAUAGAUACUCUGUCAAGAAACAUACAAACAAAAGAAGAGUUUAUUAAGGAUCUGCAAAUGAAGUUGGUGGAUCCAGAAGACAUACCGACCGUGGAAUUGCUAACCCAGCAGAUAUUUGCGCUAAAGGAGAAAAUUAUUUCAGUAGAUUUAGCUAGCCAAGGCCAAUUAAGACAAACUCAGAAGCUCUUUAAACUGCUUGAAGAACUGACUGCAAACAAAAGUAGACUGAAUGAGGCACUGCAGGCUGAAAGGCAGCUUUACAGCUGCUUGGUACAGUUCCAUACAGAACCUAACAGCAGCUUUAAUGCCAGUUCAGCACUUCACAACGAGCUGUUAGCUGCACAGGCACUGAGAGGUCAGCUGGAAGAUACUCUGAUGAGGACAAUGGAGCAACUAGUCACACUACAAUCAGAAAGCAAGGCUUCAACCUAUUUUGGAGGUAUGUGUGAAAACAACAAAUCUGGUGACAAAACAAAUCCAACAAAUCCGUUCACGGAGAACAUAGAGGAUGCAAAUGAUGCCAGCAUUUUGAGAAAAGACCUACAAAAGUUAAGGAGGGAACUUCACCAUUUGACUAAUGAAAAGAAAAAUAUUAAAGAAGAGCUACACAUUCUCAAAAUGAAGAUUCGGGAUAUAGAAUUUUAUUCAACAUCUGAAGAAAGUGCCACAAGAGAUCCACAGUGCCCAGUUACAGAGUACAUGAACAAAAAUUUGCAUCAAGAUUUGAAUCAACAGAAGUUGAAAUUGAAAGUGGAAGAAGAAAGUGGAAUGUCGGAACAGUGGAUGAAUAAAAUGAAAGUGAAAGGAGUGGAUUUAGCAGUAGAUGUUAGAAAGCAACAAGUAAAUGUAAGUCAGGAUGAAUCAGUGACCACAUACCAGGUGGAUGGAUUGUUGGAUAAAAAAGACCCUUUGAACUCAAACUUGACUAUCAAUAUGACCAAGGAAAUUGUUUAUAUGGCGGCAGAUAUGAACGAUUCUGUGAACAAAUGCCAACUAAGAGAAGAUGAAGAAGAAUUUCAAAUUCCUCCCACACAAGAACAAUUAGAGUUUUUGUAUGCCAAGUGGCCAGUAACCAAUCUGGAGAAGCACUCACUGCAGCCUCACUCGGAGACCCUAAAUCCUGGGCUACAGUGUACAUUGAUGACAUCCAAUGUCCCAACGCAGACUGAAACAAAUGAUGGAAAUCAUUGUGGAUUUCUAUUAACCACAGAUGGAAGAGAAAUUAAGAAUGAAAGCAGACAGGUACAGAUGGAUCUUCAGGAUCUUGGAUAUGAAACAUGCGGGAAGAGUGAAAAUGAAGUAGAUCCAGAUGAUACAAGUGCAGAAUAUGAUGGGGAUGAGGACAUUUUUAGUAAAGUCAACCAUACGGUAGAGAAGACCACUCAGUACAAAGACAGGUCUCAUAUGUCCACAGUUUCAUCUUUAAGAAACAACGGCCUUUCUGACUGGAAUAUCAGUUUGGUAAAAUCAGAAGAUGCAAUUGAGUUGCAACAGCACGUGAAGAAACUGAAAGGACAGCUGCUGAAAUCACAAAAGCUGAUUCAGGAUCUUCAAAGCCAAAGCCGUUCAUCAUCCCACGGUUCCACAUCACACAGCUACGCAGAUGAAGAUGAGGGCUGGCAAUCUGAUACUGCAGGAGUUCACCAACCUGCAUAUUUAGAACAACUAUCCAAUAGAGUAUCCAUCUUGGAGACUUAUUUCCAUAAUAUGCGGAAAGAUGUAGGAACUCCGUGUCAACUAAAAUCAGUUAAAGGUCCUGGAAAAUAUGACUGGCUGAUUCAGAAUCAGGCGCGAGAACUUUCUUUCAUACGGCAAAAAAUGCAAGAGGGACGAAGUGUCUGUCACAUACUUACUCAACAUCUGAAUGACUCCAUCAAAUCAUUUGAAGAAAUUCUCCGUGCUAAUGACAUAGACUACUAUAUAGGGCAAAGUUUCAGAGAGCACCUAACUCAAGGGAGCCAGUUGGCAGUGAGACUGAACAGUAAACUCUUCAGCAAAGGAUGCCCUAAAGGGGAUGAGAUCACUGGACAUGAGUUGCAGGCAAAUAGACUUAAAAGGAAGAUUCUGCAUAAGGACAAAAUACUAGAGACACUCCAGUCUGCCCUUGAGGAUCGUCCAACCUCUUCAAAUAGCAGCCAAGCUUCCAGUGAGUCAUAUGGAACAUCUUUGAUGUUGGAUGACCAGUUUUCAACCAAUGAUGUACAGGAUGACUGCUCAGAGGUUUCGAUAGCAAGUGACUAUUGUCACUACGAAAAAGGCAGUAUUGAAGACAUAGACAUGUGCUGCCAUUCGUCAUCUGUAUGUACCUUGCACCAUUCUCAUGCUCCAAAUGUGGUACUUACCAACAAAAAGGAAGUUUAUAUGAUUGGUCAUCUUGAUGAUUUCAGUGCUUUGAAGAAGAACAUAUUGGAGGGGAAGGCAUUAAUAUAUAAUAUGGAUACAUAUAUACAGUCAUCUCUUCAUGUACCUACCCUUGAAAUCCAUGAAACCAAGGUCAUGAAUGGUGGAGACAUCAGGAAAUUGUUUUCUGCUACUAGAACUUUGCAAAAUAUUCUGGAUGAAUCAAAUUCUCUACUGAAUAUGUUCUGGAAAAAUUCUCUUCCUAAUACACAAAUCAGUGUUCAACAAAAGAAACAGGAACAGACAAUAAAUGAUGAAAUUUGUACCCUAAGAUAUAAACUAAAAGAGCAAGAGAUUCUGCUACAUAAAGCUUCAGAAGAAAUUAAAAGGACUACACUUGUAAAAGAAAGCAUGGAGAAAUUUAUCAUGAGAAGACUUACGAGUACCUGUUUCAUGCUGAAGAAAGCAAGAUCAAAUCUUCAGGUUAGAUGCUUCAACAAACUACUAUUUUAAAGUAUUUCUCAAAAGACGUUAUCCAGAACAGAUGAAGAAUGAAGGGAUAUUGGCACUUGAAAGAUGUAUUUUAAAUUUGAAAUAGUACAUUUAUUAUGGAUCAGAGAAAAAAAAUCUGCACUUCGGUGCAUGCAAAUAAAAAUAAAUAAAAUAAAAACAAUUACUGAAAA